CCCUAAAAAUCCUUAUUGUAGCAGCUGGAGCAAUAUAUAUCACAAUUUGCCGCAACUAGGGUUUUCUCUUUCUCACAGAACGCAACACAUCGAAACCGAUUCAGCAGCUCUUAAACUCUUCGAAAAUGGCGGAACGUGGUGGAGAACGUGGUGUUGAGCGUGGUGGAGAACGUGGUGGUCACGGACGUGGAUUCGGAGGAGGCCGUGGAGAUCGUGGAGGCCGUGGACGUGGAGGCCGUGGUCGACGUGGAGGCCGUACCAGUGAAGAAGAGAAAUGGGUUCCAGUGACCAAGCUUGGUCGUCUCGUGGCGGACGGUAGAAUCAAGCAGAUAGAGCAGAUCUAUCUUCAUUCACUCCCGGUCAAGGAGUAUCAGAUCAUUGAUAUGCUCAUCGGUCCAACAUUGAAGGAUGAGGUGAUGAAGAUCAUGCCGGUUCAGAAGCAAACCAGAGCUGGUCAAAGGACUAGAUUCAAGGCCUUUGUUGUCGUUGGAGAUGGUAAUGGUCAUGUUGGAUUGGGAGUGAAAUGCUCUAAGGAAGUUGCUACGGCGAUUAGAGGAGCGAUUAUUCUCGCUAAGUUGUCUGUUGUUCCAGUGAGGAGAGGUUACUGGGGUAACAAGAUUGGGAAGCCACAUACGGUUCCUUGCAAGGUGACUGGUAAGUGUGGAUCUGUGACAGUGAGGAUGGUUCCUGCUCCUAGAGGUGCGGGUAUUGUGGCUGCUCGAGUUCCUAAGAAGGUUCUUCAAUUCGCUGGAAUUGAUGAUGUUUUCACUUCCUCCAGGGGAUCUACCAAAACUCUCGGAAACUUCGUCAAGGCUACAUUCGAUUGCCUUCAGAAGACUUAUGGAUUCCUUACCCCAGAGUUCUGGAAAGAGACGAGGUUCUCUAAAUCACCAUACCAAGAGUACACUGAUUUCUUGGCGUCUAAGGCUCUUCCGAGCAGCAAAACCGAGACUUUGGUUGAAGACCAAGCUUAAACAAUGCUCCCACCUUGUGUUCUUUUUGGAUUAUCAUCCUUCAUGAGUUAAUUUUGGUUGAACCUUUGGUAGUAUAUGUUGCUGGAUUGUGCACCUUAUGUUUUCAUCUCUUCCAAACUACUUUAUUUUUGCUCAGUUUUUUAAUUAUGGAUCUUAAUGUUCUAGCUUUGCUUUUUCUUAUGUUGAGAAAAGUUCAUUCCA